CCAGUCUAACCCAAACAUCCCCUCUCACAGCUUAAAAAUUGUAAAUCUGAAGCUGAAAUCCAAAGCAAACCUGUAGCUCCCAAACUCCAUAAUGUAGACUCCAACCGCAUACUUGCGCUCUUCUCCUACCUACCUGUAGGGAGCAUGUAUUGGUUCAAAACACACACGCGCGCACACACACACAGUCUCAGAAACAUGGACAAAGACAUACACGUUCCUCACAAUUGAAAUCGGUAGUACUUGGGCAGGAGGGAGGGAAAGAAAAUCUGUUGACUAGGAUAACUAUCAUUCAAUGCAGUUAUUUCCUUUUUAAGGUCAAGGAUUUCUUGUAUGAAAAAUCAAAAGGACCAAACAAGGCCUAUCAUUAGUUAUGGUAUUUCAGGAUAGUGUUUUUUCAUACUUGGUAGUAUGCUAAUCUGCCUUCAUUGUUCAUGGGUAUAUUGUCCUAGCAACCCAUAUUGUACUGGAUCAUUUGGAUCCCAGUUAGGGUUUUGUUUCGUUGCAGGUGCAAUGGCUUUUUUCCUUGUGGGGAUGACAACUGAUCAGUAUGUGGCCAUCUAUGUGCCACUGUGCUACUUGUCUAUCAUGAACUGGAAUAUGUGCAUAGGAUUGGUGGCAACUGCAUGGUUCAGUGGAUUUCUUCAUUCUAUUGUACAGAUUGAUUUUUUUCUCCAGCUACUAUUUUGUGGUCCAAAUGUACUGGACAAUUUCUACUGUGAUGUCCCUCAAGUCAUCAAACUGGCCUGCACUGAUACUCUCAUGGCUGAACUACAGAUAGUGUUUAAUAGUAGAGUGAUUAUUAUUACUCUUUUUGUAAUUUCUUACACUGACAUCUUGCUUAAGAUAAGGACAUGCACCACAGAAGGAAAUGGAAAGCCCUUGUGUACCUGUGGAACCCAGAUAACUGUUGUGAACUUAAUAUUCAUCCCCUGCAUCUUCAUCUAUGCCCAACCUUAUAAGAAAUUCCCUAGGGACAAGGUGGCCUCCCUUGUUUAUACUGUGGUCUCUCCAAUGGUAAAUCCAAUGACUCACACAUUGAAAAACACUGAGAUGAAAAAGGCCAUGAGGAGAACACUGGGAAAAAUAUUUCUCUCUGGAGGAAUACAGAAACCAGACCAGACAGCAGAUCCAAAGACAUCAGGUCUGGUGCUUCCAUGAGAAAACUGUAUUCAUCUCUCCUUCAGUAAGUGAGCAACUUUCUAGGUGUGAGAUGAAGGCAACAUUCACCUCCCAUCAGCUUAGGAAGGUCAGUCACAUGUUUUCUUGUCCUCCAUGGAAUGUGCAGUAUGGUGUGAUUUCUAGAGCCUAAUAAGAGUUUUCUGCAAUAAAUGACCUGCAAAGACGUCACCAUGGCACACCCGGGGUACUGACCAUGUGAGGGGCCCUAACCUCGCCCUUGUUCUCUCUGGUGGAAAUCACAGCUGGGCAUUCCACUCCAGCAUGUCUCACUUCUCUUCAGCAAUCUAGUGUAGUUUCAUCUCUAGGUUAGCAUACCAGAAAACUAGCUUGGUAAACUUGAUUUUUAUAUUUGCUUGUCACAUAGUUACAAAGGGUCUUUAUAGUAGAGUCAGAUGUAGGUUCAUUGUACUCCUUUUCCCUCUCUUAUCCUCACUUUGGAUGGACUGUGUAGAUUUUAGGAUCAGUCCUGGAAGGAAGCGUCCUGGUCCCACAUUAGACAACAUGGAGCUGGUUGAGGGAUAAGAUUGUCCCAGGGCUCGCUCAAGGGUGCUUCAGGGAUGGAGGUUCUGCCCCCACACCAUUCCCCUCUUCUUUGCUCUGCCCCAUCCUCCAGUUUCAUCUCAGCAAUCCUCACAUGAUCAUGGUUUCCUACAAAUCCAGAGUCUUCUACACAGAACAGGCAUUCUGAACAUAAUGCUAAAGAAGGACAAAUGUGACAAGUGAGGAGGCAGACCUCCCAUGGUGUUUCUGAAUCACUAAGAAAUUAAAAUUUAUUUGUAGAUCCUGAUAGAAGAUCUAAAAUUUUCUUUUGAGGAAAUAUCAGGCCCAAAACUGGGCCACCUGGAACCAGGAAGAGACCUGGGGGAGCAGGAUGGAUGUAGAGAGGAGAAAAUUCUGUCUGCAGGAAUAUCUGACAUCACCUCAUGGAGAAUGUUGUAUGGAGGAGAAAACUUAGAAGUUUCUCAGAUCUGCCACAGAAAGUGCUGCUGAACACCAAGCCACCCAACCUACAAAUGACCUCAAACUCAGAAUUAGCAUAGUCCUUUGGGUCUCAGAUACAGCUAAGUGUCCUUAUGCCUCAUAUGGUAGGCUAACAAGGCCACGAAGGGCCUGUGUAGUAGGUGCCAGAGGUAAUGAAGGUCUGUGCACUGCAGGUGCCACCAAAUCCCCUUCAAAGGAGCCGGAUGUCAAUACUUCUGGUCUGUUGUCUGAGGAGCUCUUAGGUGACAUAGACUGGUUGUCUUUCACUUCUGAAGGAGUGCUGAAGGACUGCUUUCAGGGUCAGUUGUGUGACAGGAGUGCAAAGGGACAGAAACUCUGCACCAGAAAGCAUGAGGCUGCUCAGAAUGGUGGUAACUGUGCUCCUUAAGGAUCAUGCUUCUCAAGGACCAUGGAGCCAACCCUGGGUGAAGAAAUUUCCCCAGUACAUCAAAUCUGAUCAUGGACACCAUCCCAGAUUGGGGAUGCUACUGUCCAGGUGUAGGUGCCUCUUGCUGGGUUUAGAGGGAUGGUGGCACCAUGUGUGGGAAACAAGCUGUGGUCAAGGCACUGAGUUGACAGGUGGAAGGAUUGCAAGAAGGGACAGAGCAGAGAUGAUAGCAAAGUCCUUUACAGCGUUGAUGGACAUGCAGCUGGAAGGCACGCUUUACUGAGUGGUGAGUAAGACUCAGGGUGGGAGAGGCUGGAUGCUUGUGGCCUCUGACAGGAGAUGUUCUCUUUGUAAGGCACUUCUUUUCUUUUGCCAGAGGACAGGUAGGAGAGUUAAGAAAGGGGAUAAGCAAAUAAUAAUAAUAAUAAUAAUAAUAAUAAUAAUAAAACCUACUUCAUAUACAGCUAUAUUUGGAUUCUUAUAGCACACAACAGAAAAGGUUUCAUGAGGACUGAGUCCAUAAUAUGAUGAGUGAGCAGCUGACUGACAGGUCAGGCUCAAAGAGGCUGCAUGGAGGUCAAGGCCAUAAUCAUGAGCAGAAAAGCUUCAGCUGCUCCUAGGAAGUGGAGGAAGAAAAGCUGGGCCAUGCAGGCCCAUAGGAGAUGGUCUUAUGGCGUGAGAAAAAGGCAGCCAACAUUUUGGGCAGGGUCACAAAACAGUAGCAGAUACCCAAGAAUGCCAAAUUGGCCAGGAAAAAAAAAUGAGUGAUUUCAGCUGGGAAUUCUCUCAAAUUGCAAAAAUGGUAAUGGCAUUGCCUGGCAGAAUGAUCGUAUAGAAAAGCAGGAAGGAGUAGAAGAGAAUAAUCUGAACUUCACAGGUUUGGGACAAUCCCAAAAUAACAAACUCUGUAACUACUGUGUAGUUUUCAUAUUCCAUUUUCACUCUGCAGAACCCUGAAAAAAAAGACAGUAAUCAUGAAAAUAAAAAAAAAACAUUUACAGUCCAGUGCAAAUCUACAGAAAUGUUUGAACAACUUAGGGCAUAUUUGGAUUGCCUAAAAUGCGUACCCUUUUCCCAUUUCCUGGUGUUAGGGAAUUCCUAAUGGUGAAAUACUUGAAAACCUGUAAUUUAGAUUCCUGUUAACUUGGGCAUUUUAUUGAAAAUCUCUGGGUCCAUUGAGUUCAACCUAUGACUAGACACCACCACGUGAACUAGACCAUAGCACUAAGUGCCACAUCCAGUCUUUUCUUAAACACAUCUGGAGAUGGUGACUCCACCACCUCCCUGGGCACCCCAUUCCAAUGUCAGAGAGUUGGAGAGGUCACACCUGAGCCUCCUUUUCUCCAGACUAAACACACCCAGGUCCCUCAGCUGCUGCUCCUCCUUCCUUUUCUUCUUUCUUUUUCCUAUUUUUCUUUUUGUUUAUGUUUUUAUUUUUAUUUUUCUCUUUCUUUCUUCCUUUCUUCCUCUCUCUUUUUCUUUUCUCUCUCUCUCUCUCUUCCUUCCUCCCUCCCUUCCUCCCUUUCCUCCUUCCUUCCUUCCUUCCUUCCUUCCUUCCUUCUCUCUUUCUCUCUCUUUUCCCAUGAUUUUUCUUUUAAUUUGUGCUGACAUUAUAUCAAAGGGUCUGAUGUAUCAGAACUGAGAGGUGUUUGUUUCUUUUCACUGCAUACAAAGAAUGGGUAGGUCACACCUAAAGAUAUACAGUCCAUGUGUCUAAAGUUAAGUGAAAUUAAUUCCACAGUGCCAUAUUUAUGGAAUGAGGUGGCUGGAUUGUAGUCAAAUUACCUGCAAAGGGAAAGGUGUGCAUGAGACUCCUUGUACCCACAUCCUCGUACCUUUGUUCCUUGAUAAAGGAGUCUUGGAAAAGCCACCUGCUAUUCAUGUGUGAAUUGCAUGAUCCAAGCUCACAUGGGUCAUGCUCACUGGUUCACUUUGCCCACUUGUGGGUUGCCUGAGGGAGUUUGUAACUCAGCCAUGGCUCAAGGCUUGCUCUCCCUUAGAGCCUCCUUGAGGAGAUCAAGUGCUCCCAUGGCAGGAGGUGAUCUUGACAGAACCAUAAGCUGUGGCAGCAUGUCAAGAGCUCAUUUUUGUCAAAAAAAGUUAAUUAAUUAGUUAUUAAAUACUAUUUCACACAGACUUCUGAAAAUAAUAGAAAGGAAUGAAAAUGUUGAAACGUAUUAUUUUUGUUAAAAUGCGUUCUUCCAUAAAAAUGCAUUCAGAGUAAGUGAAACAUAUUUUAGACAUGGUAAUAUCUAAAGAUAUGGUAAUGUCCUUCAUAACAUAAGGAAACUAACUUUCUUACCUUUUACUUAUCUUUCUUUUUUCUUUUACUAGAUCUCCCUUUAAACCAAAACUCAUACUGUUUUCAUUAGAAGCAUUACCUAAGGUAUCACAAAUAUGGUACACUUAUUUCAUUUGUUUACUCUGGAUAGCAUGCUGGGUGUAGUUUGUUGUGUGCACACAUACCAGAUGAACAUACAUAGUUGCAUACAUAUGCAUUAAUAUUUAAAGGCUGGGGAAGAGCCAACAAAAUGCCUUUGCAACUUCUGUUUCUUCUUUAUUUUUGUCCAAAACAUGAGUUUGGCUCUAUUACAGCUUAUUGUGAACUCUGAAUGAAACUAAUUGUUUAAAUUAAUUUCUGAUAGGCACCUAAGGAACCAGAUAUGGGCACUAUCUUGGUUCAUGAGAAGCCUAAUACUGUGGGACAGCAGCACCUGACAAAAAAUUCCCACCUUUCCAAGAUCUGUGCCGUGGUGGUUCUGAGGAGGACAAUGCCUGUACUGGGUUCUGUGACAUAUUUACCAAAAUCUCUCUGUCUUCCUCAUGUAAUCUCAAUACUGUAUGCUAGGGUUUGGAUCAACCUUAUGGGAAUGUCCCCUACAGAGUCCCAUGCCUGUCUCUUUGAGGCAUAGAAAAACUAUAUAAAAUUAAUACUAGCUUGAAAUCAGAUUAGGCAUGUUAAAUCAAUAGUUCAAAUAUUGGGGUUGGGGAAAUGCACCCAGCCACAAACUUCUGCCUUAGUCUAUUUGUGCAGUUCUGAUCCACUAAAAGGCAUAAUUUAACCAGAACUUCCCUUCUUUAUAGAGGUGUAAGUGAGCUCAGCUCUAGCAAAAUCAAGGGCUCCUUCCAAAAUACCAAAAAUCGGUGCUCCUUCCUCGGUGUGAAAUUCUGAUUUACAGAAGCCAAAGACCUGUCUCACUGUUUACCAAGCCAGUUUCUAUUUGGAGUAUCUUUCAUGCAGACAUGACAUAUGGAGAUAGGGAGCAGAAGAGAUGAGUUCAGGAAACACGUUGCUGCAUUACUACAUUCUCGUUGGACUGAACUUGAUACUGGUUUGACCUGGGGACAUGGAGCUGCAUCAGACUCACCUCACUUGGACUGCCAGAUUCAGCCUAUUUACCUCUAAGAGAAAGAUCUUUCCUAAGGAGUUUGUUUCUUUUUUUUUCCCCUCUAAACAAAUGUGACCGGGCAGCUCACACUCACUUCUCUGUAAUCACAUUAAGUUAAGCUUGAUCUUCCUCUGUACCAUAUAUAGCAUCUUAAAGGACAAGAGUUAUUGUCAUAUGCUCAAA